AUGGUGGAUGUGUUCAGCGGGCGGCCCCUGCUCACCCGGGACGGGCACGCCGUGGAUCCUGAGGAGGUUUUGCAGAACAAGAUCGUGGGCUUGUACUUCUCGGCCGGCUGGUGCUCCCCGUGCCGGGACUUCACCCCCAUCCUGUGCGACUUCUACAGCGAGCUGCUGGAGGGCGCCCGCCCGCCGGCCCCUUUCGAGAUCGUCUUCAUCUCGUCCGACCGCAGCCCCGAGGAGAUGGUCGAGUACAUGCACGACAUGCACGGGGACUGGCUGGCGCUGCCCUUCCACGACCCCUACAAGCAUGAUUUGAAGAAGAAAUACAAUAUAACGGCCAUCCCCAAACUGGUGAUUGUGAAACAAACUGGAGAAGUCAUUACUGACAAGGGAAGGAAACAGAUCAGAGAAAGAGGGCUAAGCUGCUUCCAAAACUGGCUCGAGGGGGCAGAUGUCUUUCAGAAUUUUUCUAACUGA